CAAUACCGAACAACUUCGUGCCGUUGAUGUUUCUUGUUUCUCGCUGCAAUGGCGCUACUCUCACAGGAAUCUGGUUUCCUCAUCCUGCUCAGCUUUGUAUGGGAAUCCAAUGCAAAUGGAAUCAAAAUGCCAAAGAGUGGUGUAAUCUUUGAAAUGCCAUGUGCUGCAGAGGUCGUCAUAUUCUUCUAAAGCAAUUGAUGUUGGAAGUGGCUCUACAGAAACUGUGAAGGAAAUAUAUGAAAAGAUUCUGAAAUCUAUUGUGGAUCAAAAGACGGCUCCUCCAAAUGCUUAUUUAUGGUCACUAAUUGCAAAAUGUGCAAACCAAGAUGACAUUAAGCUCCUAUUUGACAUCUUGCAGAGACUUCGAAUAUUUAGACUUUCAAAUCUUCGUAUCCAUGAAAAUUUCAAUUGUGCACUCUGCCAGGAAGUUACCAAGGCAUGCAUACGUGUUGGCGCCAUUACGUUUGGUAAAAGAGUAUUGUAUAAGCACAAUCUCUAUGGGUUAACUCCUAAUGUUGGAUCUGCUCACCAAUUGUUGGUGUUUGCUAAAGAGCAUAAUGAUGUUGAUCUAAUGGUCGAUAUUAUGAAACUUGUGUUGAAGAAUGAAUUACCUCUACAGCCAGGGACAGCAGAUUUGGUUUUUAGCAUUUGCUACCACAACGAUAACUGGGAGUUAAUGUGUAAAUAUGGAAAAAUGUUUGCCAAGGGAGGUGCUAGGUUACGUCAGGGUUCCUUUGACUUGUGGAUGGAAUUUGCUGCUAAAAUGGGAGAUGUCGAUUCACUUUGGAAAAUUGAGAAAAUAAGAUCAGAAUCCAUGAAUCAUCACACUAUUUCGAGUGCCUUUUCAUGUGCUAAAGCUUUGUUGAUUGAAUGCAAAUCUGAAGAAGCUGCUGCUAUCAUUCAAGUAUUUUAUGAGAAUUUACCUGUCUCUAAGAGGCAAAGCAUUACAGCAGAACUUCAGAAGCUGGUAAAUGAGUGGCCUAUAGAAGUUAUAAAGCGUCAAAAGGAGGAGAGCAGAAAGGAAUUGGCGAGAACUCUACAAAAUGGUAUUUCAGCCAUGAUCAACGCACUCUCAAGCAUAGGCGCAAAAAUGGAUGUUAAUGUGGAAAAUGUGACCAUAGGUGUGUAGAACUAAUUACAGUAGAGGAAGACUUCCAAAUGGGAUGGUGGAGAAGUGGCAGCUACUCAGAAGUGUAUCCUCUUUGGUGUCUAUAUGUGACAACAUUUGUCAUUGUUAAUUUUUUUAUUAGAGGCUUUUUAUGAACCAGACAAGCUUCUUAGCUUGACUUUUUUUGAGUAAGCAAAUUUUGAUUAUUAAUUAUGUUAAAUUUAUAUUUGAUAAAAUGAGAUAAAUUAUUGAAAAUCAAUAUCCUUUGAAUGAACAGAAGAAGUUACU